CCUAUUAUGAACUGGUUCACUCCAAUCUCGUUUUAACUCGUACACAUCUUCUGCACACUUGACCUCCCAAUAUUCGGCUUCCAUCCAUACGAUCAAUCAAUCAAUCAAUCCCCUCUCUUCUCCUUCUCUCUGUUCAUCACUGUUGCCUCUGAACCAUCCUCAUAUCGCGAUCAUCCUGAUUCCAAUUGGAAGUUUUGAUGGAUUUUGAGGUUGACGAUGAUGUCAACAGUGAGGUGUUAUUGACUUCUGCUGACAUGGAAAUCAGAAAAGUAGAUGAAGACGGUAUGGUAGGGUGUUCCGUCGAAGCCAUGUUUCAAAACAACCACGAUAUUAAAAUUGAUCAAGACGAAUCAGAAAGAGGCGUGUUUCCAUUAGACGGGGCCCAUACAGUCAAUAACUCGAUUCUUGUCGAAGAACCGUAUGUUGGGCAGGAAUUUGAUUCUGAAGCAGCAGCACAUGCGUUUUACAAUGCGUAUGCUACACGGGUCGGGUUUGUUAUACGUGUGAGCAAGUUAUCUAGAUCAAGACGUGAUGGGACCGCCAUUGGACGGGCUCUUGUUUGCAAUAAAGAGGGUUUUAGGACACCUGACAAACGCGAAAAGAUUGUCAGACAACGAGCGGAAACACGGGUUGGUUGUAGAGCAAUGGUUUUAGUUAGGAAAGUAAGCUCGGGAAAAUGGAUGAUAACAAAAUUUGUCAAAGAGCAUACUCAUCCGUUGACACCUGGAAAGGGCCGUAAGGAUUUGAUAUAUGACCAAUAUCCGAAUGAGCAUGAUAAGAUCCGGGAGUUAUCACAACAGCUAGCAAUCGAGAAAAGAAGAUCAGCAGCGUAUAAAAGACAUCUGGAAAUGAUUUUCGAGCAUAUUGAAGAACACAAUCAAUCCUUGUCGAAAAAGAUUCAAAAUGUUGUAAACAACGUGACUGAGAUGGAAUCCAAAGAGAUUGAAGCGCGUAGAUAGUAAGCUUGACCCGCUCCAUGGACAAAAUAAGUCAAAUUCUUUACAUACAGGGCUCGUUAGGCCACGUCGCGCCUGUUGAUUUGCAGCUUUGCCUGUAGGUGCACAUUAUGUUCUUUUCUUACUCAAUUUAUAAACUUUUUUUCUUUCAUGUUUUGAAAGAUUUGUGUACAAUUGGAAACCUAAUAUAUAGUAAUCAUAGAUGUGUUCUUGUUGACAAUCUUAGGGAACCUUUUGGAUGCCCCUGGGAAUUGAGUGAUAAUUAGUACGGUUUAAUGUUCAUCUUGGUUCAGUUUAACGUGUA